CCCAAACCCAGUAUUUUUUUGGUUUCUGGGUUUGGCUUGGAAUUUUUAUCCCCUCCUUUGUCAAUUCAGUUUCAGGAGUAAUUUGAAGAAACCAUGGCAAAUCAACGGGAUUACAUUAGCAGACCUAUUUGCAAUGGAAUUUCUGUUCCUGAAAAUAAAAUCAAUUCCUUAGUGGCUGAAGGUCAUGGACAACAAAUUCUAAAAGUACUACAAAAGUUCAGAGAACAAAAUAUAUUCUUUGACUUCAAAAUUCUUGUGAAAGAUGAAAUAAUUCCAUGUCAUCGUUGUGUACUGGCAGCGUGCAGUGAUUUUUUCAGAGCCAUGUUUGAAGUUAAUAUGAAAGAACGAGAUGAUGGCAAUGUUACUAUUAGUAAUCUAUCACCCAAGGCAGUGAAAGCUUUUCUUGAUUAUGCUUACACAGGAAAAACAGAGAUAACAAAUGAUAAUGUGGAAAUGCUCUUCCAACUGUCGUCAUUUCUUCAAGUUUCACUCCUUUCCAAAGCUUGCAGUGACUUUCUAAUAAAAAGUAUUGAUCUUGUGAAUUGCUUACAGUUGCUUUCUCUAUCUGAAAGUUACGGUUCUGGGCGUUUAUUUGAUCAUGCGCUAGAUUUUGUACAGCACCACUUUUCCUUGCUGCUCAGAUCAAGUGAUUUUUUGGAGAUGAAUUUUGAGAUAUUACAAAAAUGUCUUGAGGCUGACGAACUGGAUGUCCCCGAGGAAGAAUCAGUGCUGAAAGCUGUCCUUCAAUGGACCAAACACAACUUAGACACACGACAGAAAUAUCUGCCUAAUUUGAUUAAAAAAGUGAGACUACAUCAGUUACCUGAAAAGACUUUGCAGGAGUUUCUGGAUUCUGAAGAACACUUACUCAAGAGUGCCAAUUGCUCAGUAAUAAUCAAUGAUGCAGUUGAAAGUGUGCAGAAUUUUAGUGGCCUGUUUCCAGAUGCACGUCCGUCAACAACAGAAAAAUACAUAUUUGUUCAUAAAACUGAUGAAGAUGGAGAAAACAGACAUACAUUCUGCUACAACAUCAAAACAGAUAAGUGGAAAGAACUACCACAUACGCACAUGAUUGAUCUUCCAGGGUCAAGUCUAUCUAGCUAUGGAGAAAAAAUAUUUAUAACUGGAGGAUGCAAAGGGAAUUGCUACAGGACUGUCAGGCUUCAUAUUGCUGAACCAUUUCAUGAUGCCACUGACCAAACCUGGUGCUACUGUCCGGUGAGCAAUGAAUUCUCCAUAGUGUCAGCUAUGAAAAAACCAAGGACAAUGCACACAUCUGUUGUAACCUUAAAUCAGCUGUUUGUAAUAGGUGGGAAGACCAGAGGAGCUCAAGAAACCCGAAGUCUUUUGGAUGUAGAAUCCUAUAAUCCUCUUUCCAAAGACUGGAAAUCUGUAAGCCAAUUACCAAGAGGUAUCUACUAUCCAGAAGCAAGUGCAUGUCAGAAUAUAAUUUAUGUCCUUGGCUCAGAAGUGGAGAUUACUGAUGCUUUUAAUCCAUCUCUUGACUGUUUCUUUAAGUAUAAUGCUAUGACUGAUCAGUGGUCUGAGCUUGUAGCAGAAUUCGGGCAGUUUUUCCAUGCAACUCUAAUCAAAGCCGUUCCAGUGAACUGUACAUUGUACAUAUGUGAUCUCUCCACCUACAAGGUCUACAGUUUUUGUCCAGAAACCUGUGUUUGGAAAGGGGAAGGAUCUUUUGAAUGUGCUGGCUUUAAUGCAGGGGCUGUUGGGACAGAAGACAAAAUUUAUAUAUUAGGUGGCGAUUAUGCUCCAGAAGAAAUCACAGAUGAAGUUCAAGUCUACCACAGUAGUAGGUCUGAGUGGGAAGAAGUUUCACCAAUGCCAAGAGCCUUAACUGAGUUUUACUGUCAGGUCAUUCAGUUUAAUAAAUACAGGGACCCCUGGUCAUCUGUACUGACAAUUUGCUCUGGAGAAUUUUGAAACUCCAGACACAAGGGAAUCUAUUUAAAUGCACAAGUUUUAGAACAUAUUUUUAGGUACUAAUUUACAGAUGGAAAAAUUAUGUACUGUUUUGUUUAAAGCUUCCGUUUAAAUUGUAUGCUAUAGAAUUGCUUUUGGAAGAGUCCAUUAAAUUGUCAUUCAUGCUAGUCAUUAUCUAGAAAGCAUUACCUAAUUUUAUAUGCAAGUCUUCUCUGUAAUUAUCUGAAUACUUUGCAAAAUGAUACUAC